CAAUAUUUUUGGAGCCAUUUUUAAAAAACAAGAGGAAACUAACGUUUUGUCUUACUAGUUGUCAAUAUAUAUAAAGGAUGGAUUGCGACGUUUUAUACAAAGUUGUUGUUAUUGGAGAUUCUGGUGUCGGAAAAUCAAAUUUAAUUACCAGAUUUACUCAAAAUAAGUUUACUAAAGACACAAAACCAACUAUCGGUGUUGAGUUUGGUGCUAAAUCUAUUGAAUAUGAUGGUGUAACUAUCAAGGGUCAAAUUUGGGAUACUGCUGGUCAAGAACGAUUCAGAGCAAUUUCUGCUGCUUAUUACAGAGGUGCUAACGGAGCUCUUAUUGUUUAUGAUAUUACAAACCAAGAAAGCUUUGAUAAUUUGGAAAAAUGGUUCAAGGAAAUUGAAAAUCAAGGAGAAAAUGGUUGUAUCAAUAUUUUAGUUGGUAACAAGUGUGACUUGAAUCACUUGAGACAAGUAGAAACAGCAACUGGUAGAGCUUUUGCUGAAAAACAUAACGUUUCAUUCAUGGAAACAUCUGCUUUGGAUAGUACUAACGUAGAUGAAGCUUUCACCACACUUUUGAAGGAAAUUUACAAGACCCAAAGCCGAAAGAGUAAGAAACCAGAAGAGGAUCGUAAAGAUGAACCAAUAGGUCCAAGUGACAAGGUCAUCAUUGAUGAUGGUGAAGGUGAUAAACCAAAACCAAAACCAGCUCAAGGUGGUGGUUGUGGUUGUUAAGUUUGAGUGACACUCUUUAUUGUAAAUAUUUAAUGUAUAAACUCAAUUCAAUAGAAAUCCACAAUAAUAAAUUGAUGAAAUAAUUUAUUUU